UUCUCAGAUAUUAAUAUACAUUUUCAUUAAAAGUCACAACUUUUUAAAAAUUGGUCUCAAAAUUUUUCGUUUCUGAAUAUGAUCCACUUUUAACGAUUAAGUUAAUUGGACACGACAUUUCUGCAGCAUUUGAACACCGAACACUAGUUUGUUGAUAUCAUUUUAAUGGCGACAGCGCCAAAAAGAAAAAACGACCAAGGCGGAGUCAUUGGUGCAAGCUCAUCGCAGGACCUCGUCACCGAUCAGAACUCGGGUCGUCGUCAGGAACAGAAGGUCUACACUUUCAGUGACCGGCCCUCCCCGAAGCCAGCGGGACAACCAGCAGUCCCGCCAAAAGCCGACGAAAAAACCAAGCCGCAAAAGACCAUUCUUGAGGAGCACGGCAUUAUUCUUGGCAAGGUUAUUGGCACGGGCAACUAUGCCAAGGUCAAGAUUGGCUUCUCAGAGGAGUACGGAAAGCGGGUUGCCGUCAAAAUCAUCUCAAAGGUUAAGGCUCCUUCCGAGUACACGCAGAAGUUUUUGCCUCGAGAGAUCGAGGCGGUGAAGGGUUUGCACCACGACAAUUUAAUAACCUUCUAUCAGAGUAUUGAGACCAGUCAUAGGGUUUACCUUAUUAUGCAGCUGGCUGAGAAUGGAACCCUUCUAGACUACGUACGCGAGCGCAAGUUCCUGGAUGAGCCGCAAUCGCGUACGCUUUUUAAGCAGCUUGUGAGUGCCGUGGAGUACAUCCACAGCAAAGGAGUGGUGCACCGGGACAUCAAGUGUGAAAAUCUUCUGCUGGAUGAGAACUGGAACCUGAAGCUAAUCGACUUCGGGUUCGCACGAAAAGAUACGCGAACUCCCGAUAACCAGGUUAUUCUCUCAAAAACAUUCUGCGGCAGCUACGCUUACGCCAGUCCAGAGAUUUUGAAGGGCGUGGCCUACGAUCCUUUUAUGUCGGACAUCUGGGCCUGCGGCGUCGUCUGUUACGCGAUGGUCUUCGGUCGUCUUCCAUAUGAUGGUUCUAAUGUUCAUAUCCUUCUAAAGCGCAUCAACCAAUCUCUGGUGUUUCCGAAAUCCCCGUCAGCAUCCAGCGAGUGCAAGCACAUGAUUAUGCACAUUCUUGCGCCCGUAAAAAUCCGAUACAAUAUUCCGCAGGUCAAGGAGGACCCUUGGUAUUCUCUUAAGUAAAUAUUUGGUAUUAUUUCUGUGGAAAAAUCGGAAAAUUGUAAACGUAAAAACUAAUAAGCUUAUCUAACUAACGAA